AUUAAUUAAAGAAAAAAAAAAAAAAAACGGCUUUCGGACGGGAGCCGGCUCUUAUCGUUCACUGAAAAGAGCCGAUUCAAAGAGCCGGCUCUUUAAACCGGCUCGUUCUGGACAGCCCCGUCUCCAGCAUUCACUACAUUCGUGUAACAGAAUAAAGAUGGCAGCUGCUGCUCAGAGAGAGGAGUGUGAGGAUCCUUCACUCGGAUAAAACACGGCUCCAAUCAGGACUACACUGGCAAGAAGCAUACCUGGUCGCCAUUGGUCGUCAUCAUUGAAGUGUCGCCAUCGUAGAAGUGUCGCCAUUGGUCGCCAUCGUAGAAGUGUCACCAUUGGUCUUCGUCACCAUUGGUCGCCAUCGUAGAAGUGUCACCAUUGGUCUUCGUCACCAUGGGAAAAACUCCACUAAAAGAUCAGAAAGAUGGCAAAAAAGAGAAGCCAGGGAGAAUGCUUCCACUAACAGGUACAACUCCUGCAACAACUAAAGAUGCUUUCAGCUGGGAAGAAUAUCUAAAGGAAUCGUCUGCUAUGCCGGCUCCACCAGGAUGUUUCCGUCAGGCCAGAGUCCCGCCCUCCAACGACUUCAAGGUGGGGAUGAAGCUCGAAGCCCACGACCCGCGCAACUCCACCUCCGUGUGCAUCGCCACCGUGAUGGGUUUAACUGGGGUUCGUCUGCGUCUCCGUCUGGAUGGAAGUGACAACAGCAAUGAUUUCUGGAGACUGGUGGACUCCUUGGACAUCCAGCCAAUCGGCACCUGUGAGAAGAACGGAGACAUGCUGCAGCCACCGCUGGGAUUUCGGAUGAAUGCCUCCUCGUGGCCCAUGUUUCUGUUGAGAACGUUAAAUGGAGCCGAGAUGGCGCCAGCAACGGCCUUUAAAAAGGAACCUCCGAGGCCCCCCCAGAACAACCUGAAGCCAGGCAUGAAGCUGGAGGCCGUGGACAAGAAGAACCCGUACCUCAUCUGCCCCGCCACCAUCGGAGAGGUGAAGGGCGACGAGGUCUUUAUCAUGUUCGACGGGUGGCGGGGCGCCUUCGAUUACUGGUGCAAGUACGACUCCCGGGACGUCUUCCCCGUGGGCUGGUGCUCACUCACAAAGCACAGCCUGCAGCCACCAGGAAACAGUGUUUCGCUGCCAAAGAGCGUGCCGAUCCUCCCGGCGUCGCCCUCCAAGCCCAGCAGGCGGUCCAUGCAGUCCCCCUACAGACUCCCCAACCCUCUGCCCGCUCUGCCCGUCAGGAAGGGGGUGAGAGGCCGUCGGCCCAAGAGCGAGACCCUCGCUCUGCUCAAAGCUGUGGCGGAAGCAGCCGCCGCCCAGAACGGAACUGAACCGGAAAACACGGAGCUCGUACCGCGGUCCUACAAGAAGAGAGGCCCCAAGCCUGGAAGCAAGAGGAAGUCCAAGAUCCUUCAAAGCCCAGCACAGCUGCCCAGCAUCCAGGUUCCACAAGAAAGCCCCGCCAGCCUCAACUCUGUGGUUUCAACAGUGUGUGUGUACGUGAAUAAGCACGGGAACUGCGGCCUCCACCUGGACAGGAAGCAGAUGCAGCAUCUGCCAGACCACUUUGGCCCGGGGCCGGUGAACGCUGUGCUCCAGCAGGUGGUCCAGUCCUGUAUAGACUGUGCGUACCAGCCUAAAGUCCUGCUCAGUGCUCUGCAGACUCACUCAGGAGGAGGAGAGGUUGUCAGAGUGAGAACAGAUGGUGGUGUCCGUGUGGUCAAACUUCCGUCGGCCUCCAGUGCUUCCUUCGUGCUGCGGUUCUUGGAGACGAUGUGUCGCCACCUGCAGUGUGACAACCUGUUCAGCAGCCAGCCGUUCAGCCACUACCCUGCUUACGACAGGACCAAGUCAGUGAAAGAAGAGGCGUUGGACGCUCCGUCUCUGGCUCGGGGGAGUAAACGGAGUCUCUCCGGCGUCUCGCCGCCGUAUGCUGCCCCUCUGUCACCUAAACAUUUACGCACAGAAGCUCACCCUUCAGAAGAGACGCUGCCUCAUGAAGAGAACAGCCUAAUAAAGGAGCAGCGCUACAUGGACUCAGCCUCCAACUCCAUGACCCCUCGACCCCAGAUGGUGCGCAGUUCCUCAGAGUACCACUCCCACGCCAGCAGCCGCUACCGCGCCAGCAACGCCGUGGCCAUGCGCCGCCUCUCCGCUAACCCCGCAGAGCUCAGCUCCACGCAGCCUCUCAGACGAGUAGAAGCAGCCAGCUCCACCACAGGUCCUGAAGCGCUGGCGUCCGAGCUGCCCAGUAAAAACCCCUCCUCCUGGUCCAUCGAAGAGGUGAUGCAGUUUGUGAGGGACGCCGACCCCACGGCGUUAGCGCCACAUGCUGAACUAUUCAGAAAACAUGAGAUCGAUGGAAAAGCUCUGAUGCUGCUACGGAGCGACAUGAUCAUGAAGUACAUGGGUCUGAAACUGGGUCCAGCACUGAAGCUGUGCCACCACAUAGAGCGGCUGAAACAAGGCAAACUGUAAGAGGAGCCGGCCGGACCCCCCCCCCCCCUCCCCCCACCCACCCACCCACCCUUACCCCCCGUGAGCAAUAAGCCCUGCAGGAGCCAGCGUCUGGACUCAUGGGGCACGCAGGGGCUGCAUGUGAACUCUCUCGACUCCACCUCGACGGACUGAACAGGUGUUACGACUUCAUCCCGACUUCCAGAGUGGAGGAAACGAAGUGUGCCGUGCGUUUGCUGACACAUUACCUCAUCCCCCUCCAUCAGUGAGCGAAAAAAAAGCUGUCGAUUGACUUUUUUGAAAUCCCAAAGGAAAAGAAUCCCGGCAGUGUUUACAUUGCAAAGCACAUGUGCACACGUGGACAUGUUUUUUUUUUUAACGGAGAUCUUUUGAUCCUGGUUUUGGAUCCCCAAAGAUGGAGAAUGUUUCUUCUUAUAUAAUGUUUUUAUUCUUGUUAAAUUUAAUAAGGACUCCGUCAGAUGUUCUUCCCCCUAUGAGGAUUUGGAUGCUCUCUCUCUCUCUCUCUCUCUCGCUCUCUCUCUCUCUCGCUCUCUCUCUCUCUCUCUCUCUCUCGUCUGUGCUGUCGUAUUCUCACUCUUCACACGUAUGCCUCAAAGUAUGGAAAUAUCCGCCUGCCCGAAAGAAUGCUAAUAACGUCAUUCCAUUUCGUUCACACAACGCCAGACAAGACGUUUUCAUUUGCUUAACAUUGUCAGAAUCAUGUUUUUAUUCUAACCUCACAUUUUCUAAGAGUGUCCUGCAGGAUCAUCAUCUGCUGUGUGGCAUGAUUGUGUCUUACGGUGCGUUCACACCAGAGCGAAGCGAAUAUUUCAACUACCGUGAAUAACACAAAGUUUCCCGUGUUCGCGUCGCAUCAUCCACGUAUUGGCAGGAGUUGAAAUAUUUCAACUCAAGCGAGAAAUUGGCGUGACGCUGUGUCGUAAAAGCCUAUCAGCGUUGAGAUUCUCCUCCUGUCGUCACUGACGAUGGAGGAAAUAAAUCUUGUAUGUGUCUGUGGUCACCCAGAGCUACGAUAGUCCAUCAUAUCUGUACAGAGACCGGACCAAAC